AACAAAAACGCAGAGAGAAAGUGAACAACGUAGUGAGAAGUAUUAAAAUGCUUUUAUCUGAUAGUUGACGGCGUCACACCUGGAAUGACUUAAUUUCCUCUGUGUGUGACAGUAAACAGAGAGGAGGUCACCUAUCACCUGUGGGUUUUUUGACCUAGUUUAUAGCAGCGGGGGCGGAGGGUUGCUGUAUAAAGGACCGAGGCUCAGAGACGUCUUCACAUCAGCACCUCCAGACAGCUGAGAAGUCUCUCUCUCUCUCUUCUCUCCGUACGGAUUAACGUCACUCACCUGUUGGCACCAUGAAGCUGGCCUCCGUCGUCAUCGCCUCCUUCCUCCGCCCGGCGCUCGCCGCUCUCGCCCUGCUGCUUCUGAUGGGUUGGGCGGAGGAGGCGGCGGCCCACCCGUUCCACCGGACGCUCAGCCGGCCGCUGCAGGACCCGAAGACGCACGGCGCCAUCAGGGAGGUGUCACAACACGCUCAGAGGAAGCAGCCGGAGGAAGACACGAGCUCCAGACUGAUGCCCAGAGUCAACACUAACCAGAACAACGUGGAGAUCUGCUGCCUCCACGCCAACAUCCUGGACUUCUACCUGCACAACAUCCUGCAUCACUAUGACAGCGAGCAUCCCAGCAUGCACCAGCUGAAGACCGACCUCCACCGUGUGAGCCAGGACCUGCAGGCUCAGGGCUGCAACGUGACUCAUUAUCACGACCAUCAACACGCUGUUGAGUUCCGUAAGAAGCUGGAGAAGAUGGAGGGCGAGCGAGGCAUUAACAAAGCAGUGGGAGAGAUCGACAUCUUGUUCACGUACCUGCACGAUUACUGCAAGGCGCCCAGACGCUCCGCCUCCAGCUCUAACUCAAACUCCGCCUCCAACCGCGCCUCCAAAUCUGCCACUGCCGCUCCAACCACCACCGCCGCUGCCGCUGUUAACUGACGCCUCAGGGCUUCCUAAGAAACAUAUUUAUUGUAUUUAAACAUUUAGCACAUUUUUAUACUUUUAUUUAUUUAAUAAUUUAAUUGUAUCUUUGU